CGAGUACACGGUAGAUAGUACGCGUACACCAUUUAAUCGCGGUCCCGCGUUUAUCUCCAGGCAGCCUCACACGUUGUAAUAUAAUAGAAUUGACAGCGGAAAAAAACGAAACCUACAAGUGCUAAAUCUUUAUAUUCGGCAGCAGUAAAUUAUUUUUUUGGGAAAGAGCACAUUAAACAGUUUUUACUUUCUAUCCAACUUAUAAUUAAGGAAAAACAAUUGUUUGACUCGAUUUUUACAAUGAUCAUUCCCACAGUUGUUAAUUUGUUUAGAAGCCAAUGCCUGUCUGUAAUGUUGCCCAAAAGGAAUUUUGUGAAUUCCCCUAACCAAAAAAAUUUUUUGGCUUUUGUCACUGGAAUACGACACAUGUCCACUAGCAGUAGCCAACAGUUUGAUGAAGCACAGAAGAGAUUGCAGACACUAAAGACGAGUCCAGGAAAUGAAGCCAAACUGAAACUAUAUGGCUUAUUUAAGCAGGCAACUGUUGGAGCAGUUAACACAAAGAGACCUGGCAUGACAGAUUUUGUUGGUAAAGCAAAAUGGGAUGCUUGGAAUUCUCUGGGAUCAAUGUCUCAGGAAGAAGCCAAAAACAAAUAUAUAACAUUUGUUGAUAGUCUUGUUGGACCUGCAAAUUCCAAUGAAUCCUUGAAUGCAGUAGAGUCAUCAUCUCCAGGAUUUGAUGUAAAAAUGGAUGGAAAGCUCAGGAUCAUUACACUUAACAAGCCAAAAACAAAAAAUGCUUUUACAUUAGGAAUGUAUUUAGAUUUUGCUAAGCUUUUAAAGGAGGCUGCGGAAGAUCCAAAUACGACUCUCGUUGCUGUAACUGGCGCUGGGAAUAUCUUUUCCAGUGGAAAUGAUUUAACAACCUUUACGUCUUUUACCGGUACCGUACGCGAAGCUGCUGAGGAAGGAAAACGCUGCCUGAAUAUAUUUGUGAGCUCACUGAUUGACUUUCCGAAACCAAUCAUUGGGGUCGUUAAUGGACCUGCAGUAGGCAUAGCAUGUACAAUCCUAGGAUUAAUGGAUGCAGUGUACGCUACCGAUCGAGGAUGGUUCCAAACUCCAUUUAGUGCAUUGGGUCAAUCUCCAGAAGCUUGUUCUUCACAUACUUUCCCUAAACUCAUGGGAUCGUUAAAAGCCAACGAAAUGCUUUUCUUCAACAAAACAAUUACGGCAACGGAAGCAUGCAAAUUAGGCUUGGUAACUUCAGUUUUACCAGAUGCCAAUUUUCAAAGUGAAGUGUGGCCAAAUCUAAAGGAAUGGUCCGAGCUUCCGCAGAAGUCGUUGGUACACAGCAAAGAAUUGAGUCGUCAGUUUGACCGCGAGCUGUUGCACAAAGUCAAUGCAGCCGAAUGCGACCGGUUGCUCGAACGCUGGCAAUCGUCAGACUGCAUGGAAGCUGUUCUGAAAUUUUUCAGCAAAAACGCCAAAUAAUGCCUUACAUUGCUAAAAUAAUCAAAAAGAAGAACACAAAAA